ACGAUGGAGGGUGAGACGCGUGAGAUGUGAGAUCUACAGCAUGGUGGUGGUGAGCGAGCGGGGGGACCGACCUCUGACCCCGGUACCCGCUCCAGAACAACUUUCCAGCAGGGACUCCCGAGGGAACCGCUCGACGCCCGAGGUGGAGAAUGGCGGCGAGGGGAGACCGAGGAGGCGGGUUCGGUCACCUGCGGACCUCCAGCUGUGUCUGGCCGCGGAGUUCGAACCCUCGGAGAGCAGGAAGAAGCCACCCAGCAUGAGACUGAAGCCCGUGGCGCAGCUUUCGCCCAUGAGUCAAACCGACGUUGAGGCGAAGUUCGAACGGAAGAAAUCGCAGUCCGCGCAGUUAUCAAAGACGAACAUUCAGUAUCACAAGCUCUUUAAGGGGAUCAGCAAAGAUGAGGUACUCAAACAAAGUUACACUUGUGCCCUGCAGAAAGACAUCUUGUAUCAGGGUAAAAUGUUCAUCUCUGAUAACUGGAUCUGCUUCCAAUCCAAGGUGUUUGGCAGAGACACCAAGAUUUCGGUUCCAGUCGUGUCGGUGACCCUCAUUAAGAAAACCAAAACCGCGUUGCUAGUGCCAAACGCCAUCGUGAUCGAAACUGCAACUGAACAGCACGUGUUUGUGUCCUUCCUCUCGCGAAACACCACGUACAAACUCCUAAAGUCCAUCUGCAUUCAUUUGGAGGUGGACAAGUCCGGCAGCAGCCCGGUGCCUUCCUCGUGUGAGACCAGCUUCAGAGUCAGCUGCUCGUCGUCACUCCCUCUGGACUUCUCGGACCUGGACGGGGUCGUGCAGCAGAGGCGACAGGAGAUGAUGGAGAGCAGCAGCUCGGGGUCUCAGACCCCGGAUUAUGAGAAGAUACCAGACUUCUCCGGGCUACCGGACACUUUUCUCAGUGCAGUGAAAAGCAGGGAGGUUUCGGUUCACGCCGACAUCCACCUCCAGACUCCAGGCCAAAAACACGGAGCUGCCCUCAAAAACGGUGCUACCAAGACAAGCAGCAGCGUCAGUGACAAAUCCUCCCAGCCCAAAUCGUUGCACACCAUCCUCCUGAUAUAUCUGUUUCUAGUCGGCGUUCUUGUGUUGUCGUCCUGUUACAUGGCUUUCAAGAUCGUGGCUCUGGAGCACCGCUUGAACUCCCUGGUGUCCGUGGGGAAGCACAUUCGGAACGAGAUCGCGACAUGUCGUUGCAGGAACGCCGUGAGUCCCAGGUCCCAGGACGAGGUGAACGCCGAGGUGUACGGAGAGCUGACCACCAACCUGUUCAAGCUCGAGAAGAUUCAGAAGAAUCUCCAGAAACUACUUGAAGAGACGUAGGACGAGGCUCGUCUGGACAGAAGCCUGACUUCACUCUUACGACUGGUUGCAGAUCAGCCAAUAUGAACCGGUGGCACAGAAAGCUUUCCUAAGGUUGUGUGCAAUAAGAGCCCCUUUCCGUCGUCCACUCAGGAUUCCCGUCAUCACUCACUUGACACCGAAAGUCAGCAGAAGACGCGUGGUGUGUAGUAUUUACCUGAGAGCUUUUAUUUUGCAGGUCACAGGGUGGGUUUCGUCUUAAGGUGUCAGCCCCAAAGGGCCUAUUUCCUACGUUUUCCAAACAUUUCAUAAAAGGUCAACUCGUGCUGUUUGUGUGUUUUUGUGAUAGAACUGAAUUUGUGUAGGUCACGUUUGUUUUCUCUGUGAGGUCAAAUUCACAGGACAUUUGUGAUACAGUCAAGCUGCUUUCACCACAUAAAAGAUGGAUGCUUUUAUAUCUGUAUAUUUCCUCGAUUGUUAAUACUUAUUUUCAAAUGUUUAUCUUAAUUGUCUUGACUUCACUGCUGUCAGGUCUCCAGAGAAGCGGUCACUCAUUUCAGGAAUGGUGCAGCGUGUGGUUUAUUGCUACUCUUGCUUGGUGACCUUUGUUUACAUGUGCUUUACAGGUAGAUUGUGCCUUGUUACUAUCAUGAUCACACCAAAGCUACAAUACAGACCCGAAAUAAAAGGCUUUUGCCACAA